AUGCCGCGCUUUGCUACAUUCGAUGAACCUAUUGAGGAGUUGUUUCUCGGCACCUGUGACCUUGAUGUGACCUUGCAGAACGCCCCUGGAGAUCCUCUACAGUAUCUUGAGAAAUCAGGCCAUGCUUAUGCAGUGCUCGCGGAUGCUUCCGGUGUUCUGCGGAACCGUAGACGCUGA